AAAUUUAUCCCGUAAGAUUUUUCUUCCCUUAACGGAAUGUCACCCCACCAAUCAAUUGCACUCUGCUAUAUCUCUCUCUGUUGUCCUCGUACUCUGUAACAUCUCUCUCACUCACUGAAACCUCUUUCUCCCUCUCAAACUCUCCCGUCCUCUCUUCUCUCUGUAACGCAGCAAAAGUCACCAAACCUCGGCGAAUCAAACGCCCAAACCACCACCACAUCCACCCUCUUGACCUCGCGAGCUCGAACCCGAGCUCCGUUUCGUAGGAGACCGAGACUAGAGGCUCUAGCUCGAAGCUUCGACGAGAAAGAAACUUCCCGACGAAGUUCUCGACACUUUUCUGACCACUCCAUACCGUUUUGGAAGAGUUGGAAGCCACCACACAACUCCCUAACGUCCCUGGGUCAAGUCGGAGGCAAUCCCCAACUCGAAAACACACGGUUUCGAAGCUUUGGGUUUUUGGCCGAGACUUUCAGGCCAAUUUCAGUACAUUUACGUCUGCUUUUUGGAGUUCUAAGAGGGACCAUCCGGCCUGUUUUUCGUUAAAUCAUGGCGAGUUAGCCGUUGCUAAGGGUACCAAUCUGUUCGCCUCAUUCCGAGCACCACUACGAGUUCCAGACAUAUGAUUUAUUGCUGAACAAAGCAUAUAUAUCAUAAUUUCACUUUUACUCUGGACAGUUGUAUUGUGUUGACUUACAAUACAGGCGAGCACUGAGCAGGAGACAUACAAAAGCCACCAGCAAAGAGGAGCAUUAUAGCCGUAGUCUUUAAUUUCAGAAGGCAAUGGAAAUUAUAAUUGCAAUUGCCUCAAAAAUUGGAGAAUGCUUGGUCACACCAAUAGGAACAGAGUUUGGCUAUUUGAUUCAUUACCAUUCCAACCUUGAAAGUCUUAGGGGUGAGAUAAAAAAGCUUUUUGACAAGAAAGAUGGAGUGCAAGGAUCGGUAGAUGCUGCCCAAAGGAACGGUGAAAAUAUCAAACCCGAUGUUCAGAGUUGGCUAAAGAAUGUGAACGACAUGAUCCAAAAAGUGUCGCAUUUUGAGGAUGAAAUUAAUAAGAAAAGGCGAUGUGUGCAUCGAUGGAGCUUGAGUCGGAAAGCCUAUAAGAUUACACAGCAUGUUCUUCAGCUCCAAAACAAAGGAACGUUUGAAAAUAUGGCCCAUCCUGCACCUCCACGAAAGAUAUGGUCAACAUUCAAAGAAGGUUUUAAAGAUUUUAAGUCCAGAAUGGCAAAGAUCAAUGAGGUGAUAGAGGGUUUGAAGAGGGAAGAAGUAAGACUGAUCGGGAUCUGUGGAAUGGGAGGUGUGGGUAAAACCACAAUGGUGAAAGAAAUCAUCACAAGAUUGGCAGAACUGAACCUGUUUGGCGAAAUCGUAAUGGCAACUGUGUCUCAAAGUCCAAGUGUUAAGACGAUCCAGUCGGAAAUUGCAGGCCAAAUAGGUUUGAAACUUGAUGAGGAUCCCGAGUCUGUAAGAGCACUAAAGCUAUAUGGGAGACUCACGGAAAUAAAAAGGAUCCUGAUUGUAUUAGAUGAUGUAUGGACAGAGCUUGAUUUUAAGGCUAUAGGACUUCCUUACGAGCAUACUAAUAAAGGGUGCAAAAUUUUGUUGACAUCACGAGAUUCGGACGUUUGCAACAGGAUGGGAAGUCAACCAAUUAUUGCAGUCCCGACUUUAACAACAGAAGAAUCGUGGGAGCUCUUUAGAGAAAUGGUAGGCGAAUCCUUCGAUGAUCCUGAUUUACGUUCCAUUGCAAAAGAGGUUGUGAAUGAAUGUGGAGGUUUACCUAUUGCAAUUGUAACGGUUGGAAAAGCCCUAGAAAAGAAAAGCAAGCGUGAAUGGGAUGAUGCCCUUAAUCAGUUGCGAAAUUCUACCCCAGUGAACAUCCCUGGAGUGAAUGACAAAGUUUAUUCUAGCAUAAAAUGGAGUUAUGAUAGAUUGGAGAGUGAUGAAGCCAGUUCAUGUCUUUUACUUUGUUGUUUAUUUCCAGAAGAUUAUGAUAUUCCAAUUGAGUAUUUGGUUCGAUAUGGGUGGGGUCGAGGAUAUUUUAGCAACUGCUCUACUUUGGAAGAUACAAGAAAUAGAGUGCAUUCGUUGGUUGCCCAACUACAAAGAAGGUUUUUGUUGAUAGAUAGUAGCAACAGGGAGACUACAAAAAUGCAUGACAUAGUUCGCGAUGUUGCCAUAUCGAUUGCUUCAAGAGAUCCACAUCGAUUUCUAGUAAGAAGUCAUGCUAAAAAUAAAGAGUGGCCAAAUUUAGCUACAUAUGACACAAUCUCACUGGUUGGCUAUCUAGAGAUUCCAGUUGGUUGCCCAAAACUUGAGCUUCUACAGACGAUGAAAGGAUGUUUUUCAGAAGGUAGUAUGGACAUCAUUUGUAAUGAGAUGAAAGAACUGAAGGUUUUAGCUUUGGUGGGAAUGAAAAUGGAAGACCUAGGCUCAUCAAGAUCACUAGGAGUACUGAAGAACCUGCGGACCUUGUGCCUAGAUGGGUCUAAAUUUGAUGGCAGGUCUACUGAAGUUAUUGGGAGUUUGGAGAAUUUAGAAAUCCUCAGCUUUCGGGAUUGUUAUUUCAUGCAUGAGUUGCCGAGGGAAAUUGGACGACUUAAACAGUUGAGGUUGUUAGAUACGACAAACUGCAGUGAACUUGAGGUGAUUCCACAUGGUAUCUUCUCCAGCUUAUGUAGACUUGAAGAGUUGUAUAUGAUGGGUAGCUUUGAUAAAUGGGACCUUGGAACAGGAAGAGAAGAUAAGAGGAUGGCAAGCAUUUCUGAGGUGAUGUCUCUGUCUGAUCAUUUGAAGGUUCUAUCCAUAGAAUUACCCCCCAAUUUCAUCCACUUGUUGCCAAAAGACGUAGUCUUGAAAAGCCCAACAAUAAAAUUCGCUAUUGGAAGUACCGAGAUGCUUUCGGAGAUGUUUUCGGAGAUGACAACUUAUGCAUUCAGAAACUCACUAAUUAUUGAUGAAGGUGAUGCAAGGGAGUUGGAGAGUCAAGCAGUUAGGCUCUUGUUGAAAAAAUCUGAAAAAUUGUUUUUGUGCGAAGUUAAGAAUUUCUCUGUCCUCACUGAUUUAGACCAAGAGGGAUUUCAAGAUUUGAAAUAUUUGACUCUUGAGCAUUGUCCAAAUACUGAGUAUCUUGCAAAUGGAACAAGUGUGACCCAGCAGACACCAUUUCCUCACAUACAAUCAGCUAGUCAACUUCCGAAUAGCUUUUUAACCAACCUAAGAUUCCUUCGAUUGUUCAAUUGUGAUGUCUUAAAAUAUGCCUUUUCACUAUCAGCAGCGAGAAACUUGGUACAACUCCAGGAAUUAGAAAUUGAUAGAUGUGAUCAAAUGGAAGAAAUUGUGUCGAAGCAGGGGAGGGAACAUGGAGAGGAAGCCGAUAUGAUAUCUUUCAAUAAAUUAACCAAAUUGAGUCUCUGGCGUCUACGGAGUUUGGUUGGUUUCUUCCAAGCCAACAAGCUAUACUCCAACCAAGAGGAAACAACGGCAAGGGUUGAGUAUCAAUCUGCAGGAAUAUUUGAAAAAGCAAUAUUUCCAUCAAAGUGCAUUUCAUGGUUUCCAAGUUUAAAAGAGGUACGAUUGACAUAUAUGAAGUUUGAAGGCGUGCUAUUUGAUCUGAAAAUCCACAUAGUUAUGGAUGGCCAGACAGCUCCAACAUGUCCCCAGUUACGUAAGUUGAAGAUAUUCGAAUGUUCGUUUACACACUUGUGGAAAAACAUUCCGUCUGGAUUCCAGGGCUUCCAAAAUUUGAGAUAUUUGAAAUUGACAUAUUGUUCUGGAAUAAAUUAUGUGUUCUCGCAUUUAAUUGCCCGAGAACUUUUGAAUCUUGAAGAGGUAAAGAUAGCUCGAUGUACAGACAUGGAAACUAUAGUCAGAAUCACAGAGGAAAAUGAAGAAGAGGCGACAAAAGACAUGAUUUUGUAUCCGAGGAAACUGAACAGAUUUGACCUAGUAGACCUGCCUCGUCUCACGAGUCUUUGUCCAGCGGGAUCUACAUUUCAAUGGUCAUCCACAAAAAAUAUGCACGUGGAAAAAUGUGAAAAUUUGAAGACAUUGGGUGCUGUAAUUCCACAAAGAAAGAAGUUGGAGAAUAAGUCUGAGAAGGAUUCAACAAGUCAUGAUUUCAGCGCUUCUCCAACACGUUCAUCAAAUUGGUGCCCAGCUGGAUGUGGAUGCACACCAUAUUCAAGACCAAACGCCCACCGCUCUAUUGAAAUAUUGCCACGUCCAAUUAGUUCGGAGGUUACACCAACUAAUCUUGAGGACUCAAAUGAUGACGAUAAUCUUGAAAAUCUUUCUAUAAUUCACUGUAAUUCAAUGGAAGUGAUUUUCCAACUCAAGGGACCAAAGCAUGAAGAAAGUAGUCACUCCGUUGAAGCAUUCAAAAAAUUGAGGUCCUUGCGGUUACUUAUGUUACCAAGUUUAACGCGUGUUUGGGAGACAGGUAGUUCACAACCAAUGUUCGCAGGAAGCAGCUUCGGAAACUUGAAAUCGCUGGAGGUCUAUAAUUGCAACCGGUUGAAAUACUUGUUUUCUUCGUCCAUAGUCAAACUCCUUGUGAGUGUAGAGGACAUACAAGUUGAUAGGUGCCAGCAGAUGGAAGAAAUCGUUGCCGCAGACGAAGAAACAGCUGAAAUAAUUACAUUACCUAAAGUGAAGUCCAUCAAACUUAAAAGUCUGCCAAAACUCAAGUAUUUUUGUGGUGAAGCUUAUACUUUGAAGUUGCCGUCUUUGGAGUUAUUGAAGGUUAUUAAUGUGCAAGACUUAAGGCCAUUUGAUACUAAGCUUGUUGACACGCAUAAUCCCCGAUUGCAAGUAAAACCCGCAUUUCGACAGGAAUGGACAAGUGAGGAUGAAGAUGAUGAAAUCGACAAUGAGGAUGACGAUGACGAAAUCGAAGGCAAGGAUGAAGAUGACGAAACCAACAGGAAGGACGAACACAAUUGAUUGAUCAAGCACAAAGGAAAAGAGUUUAAAGAACGUUGUGGCUACAGCAAUUCGUUUACCAUAUCAUAUGUACAAACCAAUAAAAGGACAUUUGUUGCACCAGAAUUUCAUUCCAAAAAUACUAUUUAUGUUGCUUAUUUUAUGUACCAUAAAUUUCGAUUGCGAUUGUUACUGUUUGUUUCUAAAUUCGCAUCAUUUGUGUUUUGCUUA